GACACGGUAUGAAUGACUGUGAACGAUGUCCAUCGCAGCAGGCUGAUGAUGUAACACAAUUGAAUCCGUAAUGGGAUUGCAACGACGCGAUCGAUGAUCGGAACAUUCAACCACAAUGUUGAAGAUUUCAAACAAUCGGGGGAGAGAGAGAGAGAGAGAGAGAGAGACGAUGGAAGCUCAUCGAGUAGUAGUAGCAGUAGCUAAUUGUCAGUAUGCCGUUGCUAUCCUGCAGACAAUAAACCUUUGAAUUCCCCGAUCGUGGUCAUGCUCGGACGCAAUCGCAGCUUCAGAGAGGUCGAGCCCGUGGUUUGCGAACAGAUUUCGCGAUUGCGUCGGAUUGGGGGGUCGAAUUUGGGUUCUUACGUGUUGGGUGGGAGUGUCGCAGGGAGAAUUGGGGUGGGAUUGGCGAGGAGGCCAUGGAAUUGACGGGUGGGUUGAUUGGGAAUUGGUAGCACAGGAUGUGAGGAUUAGCUUUUGGUAGGAAGAAGACCACAGGAAUUGCGUGGCGUGGAGAACGGGGCGCUGUUGGAUGCGGCAUCGGACGGCGCGAGAAACGAUCUCAUGAACUACUUGUUCCUUUUCUGCAUCUGUUUCAUUCCGCUGCUCUCCGUUCGAUGGUCACGCGUGAGCGUGAAACCCCUCGAUAGCACUCCUCCUAAGUUCCAGCCCUCGCCGUCUCCGAUAAGGAGUGGCACUAAACCCCCCGCACCGCCAUCGCCAAGUAUGUUCGCGCGAAUGCUGGGCUUCCGGAAGCCACCUCCCCCCUCUCCGCCCCCGAAGUCCUUCUUCCAGCAAUCCGUUGUUGUAGCGCCACCGCCGGCAGUGCAGGGGAAGUCCAGCUGGUUUAGGAGUAGACGCAAGACGCCGUCCAUGGAAUCGAAGCGGAGCCCGACGCCGUUGUCGCCCUCGUUGCCGGCCUCGGUCGUUCGCCCGCCGCUGCGGAUGGAUGCCAAUGCGGUGGCGCAAGUGGACACGAACGAGGUGGUGACCAUGACGGGAUUCUUGGGCACUGAGGGGUCGAAUGUGGAUACCGACUUGGUGGUGCUCAUGACGCACAUCCAGGCGGCGUGCAAGCACAUUGCCUCAGUGCUAGCUUCGCCUACUGAGCUUCAGACUACCAUCUCAGGCGCGGAUGCCACGCACGGGGCCGGCCGGGACGCGCCCAAGCCAUUGGACAUUGUUUCGAACAACAUAAUUAAGGCGGCUCUGCGGAGCUCAGGAAAAGUUGCUGCCAUAGCCUCCGAGGAAGACGACCAGCCCAUCUGGUUCGGAGAGGGACCCUACAUCGUUGUCUUUGACCCCCUCGAUGGCUCUCGCAACAUAGAUGCAUCCAUACCGACUGGCACAAUUUUUGGGAUUUAUCAUCGGUUGCCUGAAGCCGAUCACUUACCCACAGAGGAGAAAGCAUUUGUCAAUGUGAUGCAGAGGGGGGAGAGACAGGUUGCUGCGGGAUACGCGCUCUACUCCUCUGCUACCAUAAUGGCCAUCUCUGUCGGGUCAGGGCUGCAUGGAUUCACCUUGGACUACAACCUCGGGGAGUUUGUGUACAGUCAUCACGACAUUCGAAUCCCUGAAAGAGGUCAGAUCUACUCUGUCAACGACGCAAGGUACUUCGACUGGCCAGCCGGAUUACGGAAGUACAUUGAUACAGUUCGACAAGGGAAGGGCCAGACGCGGAAGCAGUACUCAGCUCGCUACAUCUGUUCGUUAGUGGCCGACCUCCACCGCACUAUCAUGUAUGGCGGGAUUGCAAUGAACCCGAGGUCGCAUUUGCGACUCUUGUAUGAGGCUAACCCUCUGAGCUAUCUGGUGGAGCAAGGGGGUGGAAAGGGAACCGAUGGCAAACGUAGGAUACUGGAGAUCAAUCCCGUUGAAACCCACCAGAGGUUGCCGCUGUUUUUGGGCAGUGCUGCAGACAUUGCUGAGCUCGUGAGUUAUGGGGACAUUCAGCAGGAGAAGAACCCCGGCUACACGGUUUGAUCUUUGCAGUGCAGGGGUGAAGUGAUUUGAAGUCAAUGAUUGAUUCACUUAAAUGUUGAACUCGGAACUCUCAUAGAGCUAUCUAGAACUCCACUGUAGGGUAUUGUCCAAACUAUAGAUUUUCUCUUAGCACAUCUGUGCAGAUAUGUAACCAAUUUUUUUUUUGUCUCCCAAGGUUAUCUCAUUUGAUAUAUAUUAAUACAUCCAGAAUUAAUCCAUAGAUGUUCCGUUCAUAAAGAGUGGCAUCUGCUUGUUGUGUGACCAACAGCGUUAGAUUUUGGAAGGAUUCUGUUGGCCAGCUCUAGUAAUUCACAACGUUUGCUACC